AUGAACUCGUUCAUGAGCGUGCCGGACACAAGCCGCUUCAUCGAAAAGACAACUGAAGACCUGACCCUUCUGAUGCUCGCAGCCAGGGAUGAGAACCUGGAAAGCUGCCUCGCAAUCCUGAAAAGUGGAGAAAGUGCUGAGGCACGGACAAAAUUCGGCUUGACGCCUCUUCACUUCGCGGCCUUGAACAAGGAGAACGGAGUCGAAAUCGUCUGGCACUUCGCAAACCAAGAGAAACUAGACGUGAAGGAAAAGGACGAGGACGGAGAGGAAGCCAUUUUCUACGCAGUAAGGAAGGGAAACUUCAGGGUGGCGCAGGUGCUGCUCGAACUGCGAGAAGAGGAAAACAAAAAUCUCUUGCAUUUUUUUAUAACUCAAAAUAGAUCUGACGUCGCUCAGAUAAUUCACGAGUGGAACCCGAAUUUAAUUAAGGAGGUUGAUUCAGUUAAGAGAAACGCCCUCCACCUGGCAGCCCAGUUCGCCGACCUGAGUGCCUGCAAGUGGAUCAUCGCCGAGGGCAUUGACGUAGCGUCAACGAGCAUUUUUGGGACUGCCUUGCACCGCGCUCCGUUAAAUAAAAACCACGGAAUAGAAUUAGUUCGGUUUUUCGUGUCAAAGAAGCUCAAGUUGAAUGAAAAAUCAGAGUUCGGAUCUGUGCCUUUGGAUUCUGCUCUUGCAGCGGAAAAUAUUGACAUUGCUCGCGAGUUGCUGAGACUCGGCGCUUCUCUGCACAUAAAGGGCCACAAUUUUUUGCUGAAUUGCGUAUUAGUUAACAAGCUGAAUUGCGUGAAAUUCCUUCACGAAUUAGAUGAAACACUGAUUAGAGGCAAAGACGCGAAAGGGCGAGACGCACUUCACAUAGCGGCGGAGGAUGCUGAUCUAGAGAUGUGCCAAUGGCUCGUGGAAAACGGCGUCCCAGUGGAUUCUUUGAAUGGAGAACGUGAAACCUCAGUUUUGCAUCACGUCGGCCUCAAUGCGAAGCACGGAACUCAACUAGUUCAAUAUUUUUUCUAUUUGGGGCUUGACAUCAACAAGCACGACAAAUAUUACUGCUUUCCUUUGAAUUACGCUUUGAGAAACCAAUAUUUUGACGUGGCACAGGAAAUGCUGAAAUAUGGCGCCGAUUUCUACGCGCGAAACUACAACAUGAACAUUUUCCACGCCUGCAUACUGGAGAACAAUUUAGAAGGCGUUAAAUUCGUGUUCUCGAAGGACCCAGAAAUAAUUUUUUCACUCGCGGAUGAAGACUUGAAUGCCCUUCACUUCGCAGCGAAUCACGCCGAUUUGAAAAUGUGCGAGUGGCUGUGCGAAAAGAACGUCGACGCGCUGGCCCUGAAUCAUGAUGAGCGGGGAAACACGGUUCUUCACUUCGCCGCAAAGAACAAAAUGUUUGGAAAAUCGCUCGUCCCUUUUUUCGUUUCCAAGGGGGUGAAUGUGAAUUUGAAAAACAAUAACUCACACUCGGCCUUUUGCGUUGCCCUCCACACGGAAAACAUCGCCGCUGCUGAGGAAUUGCUGAAGGCCGGCGCAGACAUGGAUAUCAAUCUGGAGAGCGGCGACACUAACGCCCUGCACUUCUGCACUCGUAAUAAUAAACUGCUGAGUGCCAAAUUCGUGGUUGGAUUAAAUAAACAGCUGAUCAAGGAGGACUUUCAAGGCAUCACUAUCCUUCACGUGGCGGCGCAAACGGCGGAUUUGCAGUUUUGCAAAUUUCUGGUCGAAAAUGGGGCCGAUGUUCAUGCCAAAGACUUUCUUGGUCGUUCGGUUUUGGUUUAUGUUCCGCGAAAACAAAAGGAAAAGAGAAACUACUUCCUCUCCCUGGGAGUCAGAUGUUAA